AUGGACGAGGUUGGAGACCAUAUGAAGACAACUUCAACCAAAGAGGAGAGAAUUCAUCAAGAGGUCGUGGAAGAGGAAACCCAAAAUCAAGUUGAAGAGAAGUCCAACUAUGUUGAAGAACGGCGUAAGGAAGAAGAUAUGUUGUUGAUGGCGUACAAGAAGGAUGAACCAAAUGAGGUUCACAAGUGGUACCUUGAUAGUGGUGCAAGCAACCACAUGUGUGGAAAUAAAAGCAUGUUCGUGGAGCUUGAUGAAUCGGUGAAAACCAAUGUGGCUUUGGGAGAUGAAUCGAAGAUGGAGGUGAAAGGUAAAGGAAAUAUUCUCAUCCGCUUGAAGAAUGGAGAUCAUCAAUUCAUUUCCAACGUUUACUAUAUUCCAAGCAUGAAGACCAACAUCUUGAGCCUAGGACAACUCUUAGAGAAAGGUUAUGACAUUCGACUAAAAGACAACAACCUUUCUUUAAGAGAUAAAGCAAAUAAUCUCAUCACAAAGGUGCCAAUGUCAACCAAUAGAAUGUUUGUCCUAAACAUUCAAAAUGACAUUGCAUGA